AAGAAAAAGGGCACUGAGGGUGGACCAGCCUAACGCUAGUAAUAUGUGGCUGCUGUUUUCUCCCAUAAUAUCUUUUAUCUAUCUUGUUUUAGAGCCUGUUUUACUAUCUAGUUUUCAAGCUAGUCUUUCAUGGCUUCCAAUCUUUUCAAAUUUCAUAUGCAAACCUUCAGUACUAAAAAUCUUUCAACUACAUCUCUGCAACACAGAACCCUUUUCCCAUCUCUUCCAUUCCCUAAAAUCCGCUAUCAAUCCAGAGUUCCCUCCCUAUCAAUCAUCAACUCUUCCCUAUCUUCCUCUACUCCACCUUCCUCCAAAGAAGAAGCCAUUCUUCAAGCCAAAACCUGCCUCUCUACCACACUAGAAAAGCCCCUCAAUAAUCCCAAACUCGCUGGCAAGCUCAAGAAACUGAAGCAACCCAGAUUCCAGGUUGAAAUUCCCAUCAUCGAUGACUCACCCACAUCCCUUUCCCAACUUGCUUUUGAUCUUUUUAAAGAGCCGCCCUUUAAAAGAAAAGGCUCUAAGGUUAAGAUUGUGAUCCUUUGGCCAAACCAAACAUUAAAGGAAAGUGCAAUUGAUAUAUUUCAUUCUCAUUCAUCGAAUAAUGUUGAGCAUGUUGAUAUACCUUCAGUUGUAAAUAGUAACGACAGAUCAGUCUUUGGUUCUGUUGAGGUAGCAGUGUUUUUAGCACCAGAGAGUUCACAGUUAGCAUCUAUAAGAACCAUUGCUGACAGUUUGUAUCCAAAACCAGUGGUGAUAUUAAACCCCAAAUGGGGUUUCCAAGAGGAGAAUGAUUUUGGUGCUUUGAAUGGAUUUAUAGGGUCUUUUGAAGUGAUAUAUUCAUUUUUGGGUUUGGAGGUGCAGGGUAUUCUGAGCAAGAGAAAAGGAGUGGUUUUCAAGUGUGUAAAAGAUGGGGUUGUAAGUGGUGAAAAAUGGAUGGUUCUUGUUGAAGAAGGAGGAGGUGAAUUGAAAGUUGUUUCAAGAUUCAAGACCAGACCAUCAAUAGGUGAAGUUGAGACUGUUUUGUACAAUUUGAUGGCUAUCAAUUCUCCUAUCACAAAGUCUGCUAAGUUCUUGAAAGAUCUGGUGUCAAAUGUAACUGGAAAAGAAUGAUAAUCUGAUGAGUUAUGAUAUUGUUUUUAUUUUCAAAUUUAGAGACUAAUGAGAAUCUUGUGAUUUGGGGUUGCUUCAUUGAAUAAAAGUUUUGCUCUUCUUGAA